AUGGACGACACGCAAUCUAAACCCCUGCCCCGGCCACGCUCGUCUAGACACAUGCAGGGGCAGAAUAUGGUCUUUCGAAUCCCAAACUACAAAUCAAAGGAUUCUCUAGCGUGCGGGUCCGAACCAUCUGAACCGGUCUAUCAUUCCCGCAGGUCUCAUCGAAAAUCCCGCGCCGGCUGUGUGAACUGUAAGCAACGAAGAGUCAAGUGCGAUGAAGCAAAACCACGUUGUCUCCGGUGCCAAAAACAUGGCAGCGAGUGUGACUACUCGGGCCAGCCAGCCCGACCUCAACCUCAGAAGACCAAUAAUAUCGUUUCCCAGUUUAUCAAGACCAACUCCGACUUGAUCUCGAUUGAUUCUCUAGCCUCUUCAAUGUCUCUAAUGAUGGUCGCGGACAAAUUGAAUGAAUUACUGCAACCGCCCUCUGCUACCGGUAUCAAGCUGCCGAGAGCACUCACAGAUGCCACAGCAUCAACCCGCAUCUUGGAAGCAUUGCAUCAUUUCCACAAAGCCCCAGCCUUUGCAACCGAAAGCCAAACACCCGUUCGAAUCGUAAUGGGCAAAAUGGUCCAACUUGCCUUCGAAACCCCCUUCCUCAUGCACGCCAUAAUAGCAGCCGCAACAACCCACCUCUGCACCCUCCUUCCAGACAACAAAGACUACCGCCUAGCAGAAGCCUACCACUGGCAACAAACAAUCAACCAAUACUCGACCGAAGUCUCGAAAACCAUAACCCGCGCCAACAUGGAUAAGCUCUACUCCACCUGCAUGAUAGUCAGCAUGCACUCCUUCCACCAAGAAACCUUCAACCCACGCACCUCCUUCGUCUUCACAACAGACCCAACCGCACUAACCUGGCUCCGAAUCCAAGCCGGCAUGCGCUACCUCCUCGAGCGCACGGGCCACUGGCUCCCGCAGAGCAUGUGGUGGACGGUAUUCAUGGAGUCGCGGGAUGCAUCGCUGGACUUCGAGGAUAAGCGUCCCGGGCGUGUGGGUCUUGAUCCGGAUUUGGCGGAUCUUUGUGGGAUUGCGGAGGAGACGACCGUCGAGGAGAAUCCGUGUUUGUGGCCUUUGCGGAUGCUGAUGGGGUUGUUGCCGUUUGAGAGGACUACGGAGAGUUUUAAGGAAGGAGGCGCCGGCGCUGGUUUUGUUGGCUUGGUGGUUGGGGCUUAUGUGUUAUGUUGA